UCCUGUUGGCGGCGCUGAGAAUCCAAUAUGGAGUAAAUCGGUGGAGUGGCGAGAUGGGGCUCGGACGGGGCGCCCUGCACCGCCUCCCAGGCGCACCUCCCCCGGCCGCCGAGCGCUACCCGGAACCCUGAUUGGCCCGGUCCCCGGGGGCGACCCCGGCCCGGCCCCAGCGCCGCCGGUCGCCCGCCCGCCGCCCCGAACGUGCUUGUUUUUCUGCUGCUCUCCCCCUUCGGCUCCCCUUCCCAAAUCUCGCCCCUGCACCCGCUCGGACCCCUGGGGCCGCGCCCGGCCGGCCCACAGCAUCCGCUGCCCGGUGCGCCCCUUCCCAGACCUCGCCCUGAUCUCGGAGCUCUCCAUUUCCCUGCCUGCCUCGGCGCCCCCUACAUCUCUAGCUCCCCCCCUCCACCACCAAAUCAGGAGAUGUCGGAGAUGUGAAGGGGGGCGAGUGCACAGGAAGAUGAAGGGAGCCAGGCUGCACGCCGCGGGACAGGCGUCUAGGUGAACAAGAAAAUGACCGAAGAAACACACCCGGACGAUGACAGCUAUAUCGUGCGUGUCAAGGCUGUGGUUAUGACCAGAGAUGACUCCAGCGGAGGAUGGCUCCCACAGGAAGGAGGCGGGAUCAGUCGUGUCGGGGUCUGUAAGGUCAUGCACCCUGAAGGCAACGGACGAAGCGGCUUUCUCAUCCAUGGCGAACGGCAGAAAGACAAACUGGUGGUAUUGGAAUGCUAUAUCAGAAAGGACUUGGUCUACACCAAAGCCAAUCCGACGUUUCAUCAUUGGAAGGUUGAUAACAGGAGGUUUGGACUUACUUUCCAAAGUCCUGCGGAUGCACGAGCCUUUGACAGGGGCGUGAGAAAAGCCAUUGAGGACCUUAUAGAAGGUUCAACAACCUCCUCUUCCACGAUCCAUAAUGAAGCUGAGCUUGGAGACGAUGACGUUUUCACAACAGCUACAGACAGUUCUUCUAAUUCCUCACAGAAGAGGGAACCGACCACAAGGACAAUCUCCUCCCCCACAUCUUGUGAGCACCGGAGGAUUUAUACCCUUGAGCCAUACCCCAUGGACCAUUACCACCCCGACCAGCGGUUGCCGAGGUCCUUCCCCCGGGUCACCUUCCCAGAAGAUGAUGAAGAAAUUGUACGCAUCAACCCCCGAGAGAAGAUCUGGAUGACCGGCUAUGAAGAUUACCGGCACGCUCCGGUUCGCGGCAAAUACUUGGACACCACAGAAGACGCGGACUCAUACGUGCGCUUCGCCAAGGGCGAAGUCCCCAAACACGAAUAUACCUAUCCCUAUGUUGAUUCUUCGGACUUUGGCUUCGGCGAGGACCCCAAAGGCGGUGUGAUCAAGACACAGCCGCCGCGCACCAAGUCCCGUCGGCGGAAGGAGAACGGCGAGCGAUCGCGCUGUGUGUACUGCAGGGAUAUGUUUAACCACGAAGAGAACCGACGGGGCCACUGCCAAGAUGCGCCCGACGCCGUGAGAACUUGUAUCCGCCGGGUAAGCUGUAUGUGGUGCGCGGACAGCAUGCUGUACCACUGUAUGUCCGACCCCGAGGGAGACUACACCGACCCUUGCUCGUGUGACACUAGCGACGAGAAGUUUUGCCUCCGGUGGAUGGCUCUAAUUGCAUUGUCCUUCCUGGCUCCGUGUAUGUGCUGUUACCUGCCCCUCCGGGCCUGCCACCAUUGUGGAGUGAUGUGCAGGUGCUGUGGCGGGAAGCACAAAGCCGCAGCGUGACUCGGGUUCCCCACCUGCUGCUUCUCCAGCCACAGCCACGGGCAACUUGUCUAUCUUGCGUGUUCCCCCAUCUUCUCCCCGGUUCCCUUCCAAAAGGCGAGUCCAAGAAGAGGAGGCCAGGCUCCUUGGUCCCUUGGUGACAUCAUUCCAAACCUGGGGUAGCCGCCGCCCCCUGUGUCAGCCACAUUCCCACCCCCACCCCACCCCGACCCCCGACCCCCGCAGUGUUCUGAGGAAAGGAACCUUCCGCAUAGGCUCGUGUAUUUAAUCAUGCUGUCUUUAUCUGAGUGUUGGUUUCCUGACCCCUCUCCUUCCCACUUGGAGGGGUUUACUGUUUUCUCCCUGCCCCCCAUUGGGCUUGCCUGUCGCUAAUUAGAAUAGGUCCCUCAGAGAUGUGCCCUAAUGAUGAAGCCAUCACCACAACAGCAUGUUGUUAUGCGAGGAGGUGAGCCCGGUAACGAGCAUGUACCACGAAACGAUAGUACUUUCACUCCUUAGCCAAAUCUCCCACAUCAGCGAUCGUUUUUUGUUUUGUUUUUUUGUUUUGUUUUGUUUGUUUUUUGUCUUUAACCUGCGGUCAUCUCUUCCCCCGCCCCACCCCCACCUUGAAUUCAUUCACUGAUGCAAAACAGUCACCUUUUAAAUGACUUUUUGAGCCUUAAAUCCAUAUUAACGUGUGAGAAUCAAGAGAAAAUUCCUCAAAUCACUUUGCAUCCUCUUGGACCGGGGCUUGCAAGGGGAUUUGGGUUUCCGUGAGCCUGCCCAGUUUGCCCGUAAAAUAGGACUUUUUAGAAUUGUGUUGCCACUUCUAAAAUCCUAGCAAUACUUGGAAUAACACGUCAGUGAGAUAAACUUUACUCACCAUUUUACAAACCAAAUCAAGUUAUUCAAACACCAGUGUUCUGUGAACAAGUUCCAGUUGAAAAACACUAAAGUUGGGAUUAAAACAGUAGUUGUUCUCUGCCCCUACACUGUUUUAUAUUACUCAGGGGGCAUUUUAAAUACCAUCGAUUCAGAGUUGUGGCUUGCAUUUUUUUAAGUGUAUAUUUUGGGGUUUUUUUUGGGGGGGGGCGUUGUUUUGUUUUUUAAUUUGAAGCUCAAUUCUUCAUUUAUACUUGAAAAAAAACAAGGCCAUAUGUAAAGGAAAAAAGAAAAACCUUUCAAUGCCUAAGUGUCUUUUCUUCUACCACUCCACACCCACAGUUGCCACUUGGGGUGCACAGAUAAAGGGUAGGUCACCAGCUGAUAAUGCCUGUUGCUGGACCAUGCAAAAGGCUUCUAAUUCACUGGAGGCGGGGAAAGAGCAUGUGUGUGUGUGUAUGUGUGUAUCUAUAUAUACACAGAUAUACACACACACACAUACAUACAUUAUAUAUAUAUAUAUAUACAUUAUAAGGAAUAGCCAAAUCUUACUGAAAAAAGAAAAGCGAAAGUGGUUACCAAUACCUAGCAUAGUACAAUCAGAACUCCUUAACACAGGAGGGACAGGUUUGUUGCCACUGGCUGUUCUUCCCAUAGUGAUUAACAGUGGAGGGCAGGCUCAGUCCCCUUUAGUCCCCUCCCCCCUUAUUGCACACAGUCUUUAAAGGAAAAGGCCUUUUUUCCAGUCUGUCAAUCAUACUGGGAAAGUGCUAGCCUUGUAUACCUUCCUGGCGGUGUUUUCUGCUCGCCUGACCGCCUGUCGUCUUUCUUUAGACAGACCAUCCAUCGGUGUAGAUAAUCAGCAUGCUUAUGCGUUAAUUGGGAGGUGUUUUUCUUUGUUGGGAUGGCUGGUUGGGGCUAUCUAUUGUAGAUGGAGGGGGUCUCUGUGCUAGGAGACUCUAGACGCCUCCAGCCAGCUACCAGUGCUUUGGAGAGACUGUCCCCAGCCUGAGGGACACUCCUUGGGCCUUUCGCCUCUCUACCAAGCACAACACUAAUCUGUUCCCUCAGCCCUCCGUCUGUCCGUCCGUCAGUCCGUUCAAGUGCCCCUAUUUAUUUCAGUGAGAAUGCGCGUCCUGACCGCCUCUCUCGCGGCGGUGCCUCUGUUUGUGCUUCCGUCCUCCCUGGCUGGUUCCCACCCUCUUAGGAGUUAUGCUGGUGCAUCUUAAUCCUCUGUGCAUCAUUGUCUUUUGGUUUGUGAAGGCAGCGGUUAAGGGCACAAAGACAGCUAUGGGGACAUUUAUGUAAAUAUGUUUAAUUGCCACACUGCAGCUGAACGGUGUGUAGUAUUUUCCCAGUCAGCUUUGCCAUACUGACGUCAAUCAUUUGAGAGAAAUUAUUCAGAUUUUAUUUUUAUAUCCAUGGUAACAAAACCUAACCAAAAGGUUUCCUGCUCAGAAGUUUCCCUGAUUCUCAUCCCAAGCUAUUCGCUCACAUUAACAAAUCAAAGUGCCUGAAGCCUCACUCAUUACCUGUAUACUAAAGCCCCUGUUGUAUUGAUUUUUUUUUUAUAAUAAGCCUUUUUACCUCUGUAAAAAUAUAUAUAUACAAGUGUAUGAUGUACAUUUUAGUUCUUAACUUUUUUUAUGGUUUCUAAUAUGUAUGACCAACGUAGCCAUUGCUUUGAAAUGUGCCAUGUAAAUAUAAACACAUCCUAUCAGA